UGGAUGUAUCAAUUUUUAAAGUGAGAUUUACCAGAUUGAUGUCUUUCCAACCAAUGACAGCAUACUAUCUAUGAAUCUAUAUUCUAUCACAAAUCCAUGGAAAUAUAAGACAGGACAGAAUCAAUGUUUGGAGUACCAUGUAACAAGCUGUGCUACAAACGUUCCUUGUCUAACAAAAGACUAAGAAAAAAAUACACACACAUUUCACAUAGGUAGAGACAGAUACGUUUUCCAAAUUAAUAGAUAUAUCACAACCACCCUUUUAUCUUUUUCCACGUUCAACUGCUUUUGCUUUGGUCGGAAGACCGAAACUGGAAGAAAGAUUACAGCUAUAAGAUACUGGUAGAUCUCACUCACUUUGCUGAACAGGGGCAGUCUUUGUUCAUCUGACCAAAACGUUAAAGCUAAACGACCUGUUCUGCCCCCUUCAUCUUUGCCUUGUCUUCAACUGAGAUGUUGCCAUUUUAAAAAGUAAAUAUAUUUAACCCUCACAGUACUUUAUUCUGUUCAAAUUUGAUACUUGGUGGUUGUUGCAGAGAACGAGGCAGUGAGUUUUUCCCAAGAGAGAGAAACACAUCUCUCUCUCUCUCUAUUGCUUUGCUUGUCGUAUUGUCUUGUUCCUCGUCUCAUUUAAAGGCAUUAAAUACUUAAAAGGCGUUGCCUUUCUUUCUAGUUGGUGACAUAUUUACAGGGACCUUGUUUUCUUGUUCUUAAAUUUUCAAGGGUGUGGUUGUGGCAUCACAAGAGCGAAACAGAACAUCACAUUCACCCAUUCUGCUGUCUCUCCCUUUCUCCUUUGUUGUUCUCAAGUUGAGAAGCUUACGAGAGUUUGUUAUUGUUUCUAUUUUCACAAAGGGUUUCACAAGAAGAGAAUUUUGCUUCUUCAAUUGUUGAGAAUUUCGGGUCGCUUUUGGAUUGCAGCAUUUUCUUAAUCUGUACUGGAGUACAACGUAGCAUACUUGAGGGGCUGUGUGAGGUGCAAGAUUAACAAUGAGAGACGAGAAUUCCAAGAAAAGCAAGCUCUCAUGGUCGAAGAGAAUGGUGAGUAAGUUCUUCAAUAUCAAAAGCAAAGAGGAGGACUCCUGCCAAUCAAAUGGUGGUGCUUAUGGAGGAGGUGACGUACAAUACAGAAGCAGGAAAAGCUUCUCCGACAGAGAGCCUUGCACAAUCAAAAAGAGCAAAACAGAGAAGAUUGGCAGGAACACGGAUCAGGUCAGGCGAGGCAGAGUUAGUCUUGACCAUCCUCGAAUUGUCGAUGUCCAUAACUACAGCGUUUUUGUUGCUACGUGGAAUGUGGCUGGAAGAUCUCCACCGAGAAAUUUGAGUAUAGAUGAUUUGCUUCAUGCCUCACCACCUGCAGAUAUUUAUGUUCUUGGAUUUCAAGAGGUAGUUCCCUUGAAUGUUGGUAACAUCUUAGGCGCUGAAGACAACGGCCCUGCCAAAAAAUGGCUUGCUCUCAUUGGAAGAACCUUAAACAAUCUUCCUGGUUCUAGUGGAGGUGGUGGGUAUUAUACACCGUCUCCACUGCCUCAGCCAGUGGUAGAAUUAAAUGUAGAUUUUGAGGGAUCGGCUAGGCAGAAGAAUUCCUCACUCUUCCAUCGUAGAUCGUUCCAGACAACUUCUAGCAGCUGGGGAAUUGACAAUGAUCCUUUAACUACGCAGCCUCGACUAGAUCGAAGAUUCAGUGUUUGUGAUCGUGUAAUGUUUGGUCAGAGGAAAAGUGACUUCGAUCCCAGCUUCAGAUGGGGUUAUAGGCCCAGUGACUAUUCCAGAGCAAGUGACUACUCCAGACCCAGUGACUACUCAAGAUGGAGUUCAUCUGAUGAUGACAAUGCCCUUGGAGAUUCGCCAAACACAGUCUUAUUUUCACCAUUGUCUCAUGGUGGGCCUGCCUCUACCGAAGAUGGAUAUGGCAUGCCAAGGCGUUCCAGGUACUGCCUUGUUGCAAGUAAGCAAAUGGUAGGAAUAUUUCUUACCAUAUGGGUGAGGAGUGAAUUGAAGGAUCAUGUUCGAAACAUGAAAGUGUCAUGUGUUGGCAGAGGAUUGAUGGGUUAUCUUGGAAAUAAGGGAUCCAUCUCAAUUAGCAUGUCUCUACAUGAAACAAGCUUUUGCUUCAUUUGUAGCCACUUAACCUCAGGACAGAAAGAGGGUGAUGAACUGAGAAGAAAUUCUGAUGUGAUAGAGAUUCUUAAGAAGACAAGGUUUCCUCGUGUUCAUGGUCCUGAAAAUGAGAAGUCUCCGGAGACAAUCCUCGAGCAUGAUCGAAUUAUAUGGCUUGGAGACUUGAAUUAUCGAAUUGUCCUCUCCUACCGUUCUGCUAAGGCUCUU